UUGUUGCGUUGGCAGCACUGCCGCAAUUUGCUAUAAACAAUAAUCAUGGCGUCCGCGCUUGAGCAAUUUGUGAACAACGUUCGAACUCAUUCUUCAAAUGGAAAUUACAAAGAGCUGGCCGAGCUUCUGCCGAAAUGUAGCGAGGUCCUGAGCAGAAACAGCCAGCAUCUGGACAAUGUCCUGGAGACGUUGAACGUCCAGCAGCACUCGCUGGGCAUCCUGGCCGUUCUUGUGGCAAAACUCUCCAACACCCCUACAGCAGACCAGGCUGAGCCUCUACUCUCGCAGUUCCAGGAGUUUAUCAACGAUUUCAACGUGAACCAAGUGCGGUUCUCUGCCGAUUUAUACGCAGAGCUGUGCCACCUUUUUAGUAAAUGGAUGGUGCUUCGAAAGACUCCAAUGAGAGGAAUCGAGGUGCUCAGGAAAGCCAUCAGUCGUAUUCAGCAGAAUAAGGCGCAGCUGACUUCUGUACAUGCUGACCUCUGCCAGCUGUGCAUGCUGUCCAAGUGCAUGAAACCGGCCAUCGAACUGCUCGACAUCGACAUCACCAGCAUCCUGCCUGAGUUUGACCCUCCGGUCCAAGGGCACCAGUUCGAUGCCGAGCACUUCCUGCGCUACUUCUACUAUGGUGGGAUGAUCUACACUGCCGUCAAACAGUACAAGCGAGCGCUCUACUUCUUCGAAGUGGCCCUCACAACACCCUCCUUUGCAGUCUCACACAUUAUGCUUGAGUCCUACAAAAAGUACAUCCUCGUCUCUCUCGUCCUGCACGGAAAGGUCAACAAUUUGCCAAAGUACACGUCCCAGGCAGUUUCCCGUUUCAUCAAACCGCUCAGUCAACCCUAUUUGGACAUAGCCACUGCCUAUAGCACCAACAGCAUUGUUGAUGUUCAGGCAGCUGUCAACAAACACAGAGAAGUUCUCGAGAGAGACAAUAACAUGGGCCUUGCGAAACAAGUGUCCGCCUCUCUAACAAAGAAGAACAUCCAAAGACUCACAAAAACCUUCAUAACCUUGUCUCUAUCGGAUGUGGCGAGUCGAGUCCAGCUGGCUGGACCAGUGGAAGCUGAAAGUCUGAUAUUGAAUAUGAUUGAAGAUGGUGAGAUUUUUGCCACCAUCAACCAGAAGGAUGGCAUGGUUGUCUUCAAGGAAGACCCCGAGAAGUACAAUAGCCCUGAAAUGUUGCAGAGACUGAGAAAAGAAAUGACUAUUUGUAUGGAACUGGACAGAAAAAUCCAAGCCAUGGAAGAGGAGAUUCUGGUCAACCCUCAGUUUGUAAAAAAGGCAGGAAUUGGUGCUGAAGAGGAAAUUCCUCCCCCAGCCACAGCGCAGACCUCCAAAGCAUCCGUCUCGGGGGUGGCAAACACAUACAGCGUAUAAUUUUCUCACUUGUAAUAUAUAUUUUUAAGAUUCUGUUGAAUUAAAAGACCUCACUUAAAUUGAAUACAUGAAACGUUAUUGUUCAUUUUUAA